AUGGCCGCUGGUCGGUUCUGGCCGGCCACAAAGGCAGUAUCGGUAAUUGCGGCCGAUAGCGCCGCCGCCUGGCCACCCCCGCCGCCGCCCACGCCGCCGCCGGCGCCUUUCUUCUCCCCUCAUAUCUGCACCCCCCCCCCCUGCCUCCUCCCACCACCAAUCGCCGCCCCUCGCAGGCCUUACGGCCGAGCAAUCCCCCGCGACGUAUUUCCUGAUCCACCUCCCGGCGAGUCAUGGACCUUAAACAGAAGACCGCCGACUUUAUCGCCCCGCUGUCGCUGUCCCUGCGCCCUGCGCCCUGCGCCCUGCCCCUUUCGCGUCCCUCCUCUGGCGCCGCACCUGCUGCCUGCUGCCUGCUGGCUGCUGCCUGCUGCCUCUGCCUACGCUUUGUACUUCCGCCUGCUUCCUGUCGCCCCACGCCCGGGCUUAUCUCGUGUUGGCGUUUCGCCAGAAGCUUAUCCGGGGCCCACGCCUCCGUAA